CGAAAGAGGACGGCGUCGAUUUUGACGUUGCCGGGGUAAUGGACACGUGGACUGCGCAAAUGAACUACCCCCUGGUGACGAUCGAGCGCAACUAUGGCGCAAAUCCGACAGCGCGUAUCUCACAGAAACGAUUCCUACUGGAUCCGGAUUCGUUGGAUGAAGAGAUUGACGAUAAUCCGUACAACUACGUUUGGCAGAUCCCUUACACAUACAUCUCACGGCAGACUAGAGGCAGAGUAGGUGUAAGGACUUUACACUGGUUAAGAAACGAGACGGGCGUUGUCAGUGAGACGGUGCCCGUGGACAAGGACUGGCUGCUAGCGGACGUGGCAGGCUACGCUUACUACAGGGUCAACUACGACGAAAGAAACUGGAACCUUCUUGUCGAGCAAUUGAAAUCACACCAUGACGUAUUCUCGGUGCUUGACAGAUAUAAGAUGAUAGACGACGCGUUCAGUCUCGCUCGCGCGGGAGAGCUGGACACGGUGCUGGCGCUGCAACUGUCGGAGUACCUGGUUGAUGAGACCGGACUACCGUGGCACAGCGCGCUCCGGCAUCUCGAUUACCUGAGACUGAUGCUGAGGAGAACGCCGACGUACACAUUCUUAGAGACUACGUGAGUACGAUUCUUCUCCCCACCUACAAGGAUGUCGGCUGGUCAUCGAUAGACGCAGAAGAGAUGCUGAGAUCUCAACUGGCGCAGGUUGUUACAGCUAAAGCAUGCAAGUACAAUAUACAGGAAUGUAUCGACCAAGCUCAGGAUAUAUUUGACAACCGGCUGAUGGA